UCAAACUACAACCUUCUCUACUACUAUCACCAGAUAUCUUACACCUGUGAAGCAUCCUUGCUCAAUCUCUUGAUCUUUCCAAUAUGCGUUUCACCGCCGCCACCUUCGUUCUCGCAACUGCUGUCCUCCCGCAUGCCUCUGCAUGGACUGUAUGGGUAAACUGGAAAUCCCAAUGCGGAGGCGCCUCCUAUCGAGUAGAUGGAACUGGCAGCUCUCCUUGCCAGUUGACCAAUAUCCCAGCCGAUCAGAAAAAGCCUAUAUCUCUGACUUUCACCAAUGGUCGCGGUUGUGUUGGUUAUAUUUAUUCAGACCGAAAUUGCGGCGCUCAAGUCGGAGGGGCGGUCGGUAGUGUCGGUGCAGCAUGCUCAGCUGAUGUACCGUUCCAGUCCUGGAACGUCAUCUGCUCAUAAACUCGACAUAGACGCCUCAGGCAUUGAACUUGAUGGGAGGGUUGCAAUAGCGGAGGAGAUACAUGCGGC